AUGUCCACCACCACUCCAGAAACGAGAACUUCGUUCGGGACGAAACGACGAAACGCGCUAAUCGCCGCAAAAGACGAGAUGAAUAAACCGCCGCUUCCUCGAUUAACCGUGACCAUGAACGCCCCUUUGUGCAUACGGGCGAGAUUUCAAUCCUUCCUUUCAGGAAAAUCCAAACAACCGGAUUACGACGCGCGAGAUUGGUUACGAACGGUCGUCUUCGCGCCGAGAAACAUACGAGGGUUCGAGAAUAUCCGCAACCCGUGGUUGUGCGUCCAAUUCGUGACCAUUUUGUGGGUGCUGUUUACGAAAAUCAUCGAACCGAAACCGUUGAAAACGUUUAGCGAACAGUUGAGUAAAGUCGAGUCGGUGUAUUUGAUUAUGUUCUCGACGCUGGGAUUUUUAAUCGUGUUUCGACUGACGAGAGCGGCGGUGAGAUUUUGGGACUGCAGGCAAGCGUGGGGGAACAUGGUUAUUUACAGUCGGUGCGUAGCGGACGCGCUGAUGGUUCGCGCGGAGGAAGUUCAAAUGGAUUGCAACAAGAGCGAGGAGGUGACUCGCGAAAUCGUUGCGGCGUGCGACGAUUGCGUGGCGUGGUGCGCGGCGUUCGCGGUGAGUUCGAAGCAGUUUUUACGAGGGAUUGACGCGUUACCCAAGGAAGAGUUGCUUGGCGUUUUGUCUGAAGAAGACGUGAACAAGUUGCAAAAAUCGCCGCAUCAGCCGAUGUUUUGUUACUCGAUGAUGCGCAGGUGUUCGAGUAGGAUUUACGUGACGUAUAGACAUUCCCAGAAGAGCGAGAUGAGGGAGAUGCACGAAACUAUACGAGACGAAAGUGGAAGAAGCGAGUUGAGCAAAUACUUACAAGGUUUAAUCACGCAAGAAGGCGCGUUAGAACGUCUCCGAGCGACAAAGUUGCCGCAAAUUUACGUCGCGCAUUUGAGAACGUUUUUGAUUUUGUAUUGCUUUUCGAUUCCGUUCGUAUACGCGAUGAAUUGGGGUUGGGCGACAAUACCAGCGACUGCGAUUGCCACGUUCGCGUUGAUGGGCGUGGAAGGUGCGGCCAUGGAAUGCGAAAUCCCUUUCGAUGCGAACAGGGCGAACCAUUUGCGCAUGGAUCAGUAUUGCGAAACGAUUGUGAAUUCGUGCGCGUUGUUGGCGCAAUGGGGCGGCGAAGAACAAGCGAAGAAAGAAUUAAACGGCGGGAGAAGGGAAACGAUCACCGAAGAAAGCAUAGACGAAGAGUGCGAGCGAAUGACUGUGGUGGCAGCAAACGAAGGAGACAAUGGUGGCGUCGAUCAAUCGAAAGACACGACCUCAACGAGUCUCUACGAAACGACGCGAGAGGAGAUGAACAGAAGAUUGAGCAUAAGCAAAGAACACGUCACCUUGGACGUUUUGAAUACUAACGCGACGCCGACAGAGUUUACCCCAGCCGGCGCCGCUUUCGGUAUAGAACGGACGGGGAGCGCUAUGAGCGGCAUCUCACUAACGCCUCAAAACGAGCUCACUUCACAGAGUUUAGAAAACAUCGCGGAGACGCUUAAAACCGGUUGA